GGGGCGGCGCCCGCCGAUGCCGGGGGAUCCCGGGGGGAAGAGGCCCACGCCGCGCCGCUCUCUACCCUUGACAGCCCUUCGCGUCCCCAUGGCGGCCCUGGCGGCUCUGCGCGGCGGCGUCCGCCGGCCUCUGCUUCGCGGGUUGCUGCAGGAGGUAAGAUGCUUGGGGCGAAGUUAUGCAUCCAAACCCACUUUGAAUGAAGUGGUGAUAGUAAGUGCUGUAAGAACUCCCAUUGGAUCCUUCCUGGGCAGCCUUGCCUCAGUGCCAGCCCCUACGCUUGGUUCCACUGCAGUUCAGGGAGCCAUUGAAAAGGCAGGGAUUCCAAAAGAAGAAGUGAAGGAAGUCUACAUGGGCAAUGUCAUCCAAGGAGGCGAAGGGCAGGCCCCUGCCAGGCAGGCGGCGCUGGCUGCAGGUUUGCCUAUUUCCACUCCAUGCACCACGGUCAACAAGGUUUGCGCUUCAGGAAUGAAAGCCAUCAUGAUGGCCUCUCAGAAUCUUAUGUGUGGACAUCAGGAUGUGAUGGUGGCAGGAGGGAUGGAGAGCAUGUCCAAUGUCCCAUAUAUAAUGAGCAGAGGAGCAACACCCUAUGGUGGAAUAAAACUUGAAGACCUGAUUGUAAAAGAUGGACUAACAGAUGUCUACAAUAAAAUUCAUAUGGGCAACUGUGCUGAAAAUACUGCCAAGAAGAUGAAUAUCGCACGAAGCGAACAGGAUACUUACGCCAUCAGCUCUUACACCAGAAGUAAAGAAGCGUGGGACUCGGGGAAGUUUGCAAAUGAAAUUAUUCCUGUCACCGUCUCAACGAAAGGUAAACCAGAUGUGGUGGUGAAAGAAGAUGAAGAAUACAAGCGUGUUGACUUUAGUAAGGUGCCAAAGCUGAAGACAGUGUUCCAGAAGGAAAAUGGCACAAUAACAGCUGCCAAUGCCAGCACACUGAACGAUGGAUCAGCUGCUGUGGUUCUCAUGACUGCAGAUGCAGCCCGAAGACUCAAUGUUAAGCCAUUGGCACGAAUUGCAGCAUUUGCUGAUGCUGCUGUAGACCCUAUUGAUUUUCCAGUUGCACCUGCAUAUGCUGUACCUAAGGUUCUUAAAUAUGCAGGAUUGAAAAAGGAAGACAUUGCCAUGUGGGAAGUGAAUGAAGCAUUCAGUGUGGUUGUACUAGCCAAUGUUAAGAUGCUGGAGAUUGAUCCCCAAAAAGUAAAUAUCCAUGGAGGAGCUGUUUCUCUGGGCCAUCCAAUUGGGAUGUCUGGAGCCCGGAUUGUUGUUCACUUGGCCCAUGCCCUGAAGCAAGGAGAAUUUGGUCUGGCCAGUAUUUGCAAUGGAGGAGGAGGAGCUUCUGCUCUGCUGCUUGAGAAGCUGUAGACAGCGUGUUUUAGAAAACCGUUCCAUGUGACCAGAAACCCUGCUGAAGUGAAUGUGACUCCCUUGGCCAACUUAUAUUUAGCAUAAGCCAUUUAAUUUUUUUAAUUAUUUUUCAGUAAAUCAUUUAAAAAAAUCAUCCCAAACCUAUUGAAAUUACAAAUAAAAAUUCUCCUUUAUUUUAUUUUUGGUAAACCUAAA